UUCAAGAGUUUGAGUCCACACACAGCCAUGGCCAAUUUUUUAGCAGCUUGUGAUGAGGACAUGACCAUCAAGCCUCGCCGACGUAUUCAUCAUUGGAACCACGCUGAGGACAAAAAGCUACGCCAACUUGUUCGACAAUACGGUCCCUAUAACUGGGAUUCAAUUGCUGAGUACAUGGAAGGACGAACAGGUAAAAGCUGCAGAUUAAGGUGGGUGAAUCAUCUUGAUCCUAGACUUACUAAGAAGCCAUUUUCAGAAGAGGAAAAAGAGAGGCUACUUGAGGCUCACCAAGUUCAUGGGCCAAGGUGGGCAACAAUUGCCAGGCUAUUUCCAGGCCGAACCGAUAUUGCUGUCAAGAAUCAAUGGAACCUUAUAAUGACACGGAAGCAAAGAGAGGAACUAAGGAAGAUGAGCAGCUUCGAAAACGGUUCAAACACUGAAGAAAUGGCUUCUUCUUCUUCUUCCUCGGACAAAGAGUCCAAGGAUAGUGGCCAUAAACAAGUUCCUUUCUAUGAUUUUCUUGGUGUUGGUCAACAGAAUUGAAGUGUUUUUAAACUUCAUGACACCUAUUAGAUCUCUAUUUUCUGGCUAGUUUUCGUCUGGUUAAAAGAUUUUAAAAGUUAUGGAUUAUGAAUAUGUUU